UCAUCCCCAUACUACUAUAUUAUAUGGCUUACUAUAAUACACUAUAAUAUAUUAUAAUAAGCAAUGUCUAUAAGUCUCGCCAAUAGGGCUAUACACGUCUCCAGAACAUACACCGCAAGUACAUGAUCAUACAAAACAUGGUUUUAAACGACUGCAAUUUCAAAAUUAAAUUAUUAAAUUUAACUCAGAAAAUUUAAAUGCAUCAUAAAAUUAACCACAAAGAGAUAAAAAUUAGAGCCAUGUUUUGUUCGUGUAUUCUAAAUUGGUCAAAACAAUUAGGAAAUUAUUUUAGAGGAAUGAAAGAUUGGGUAAUCGAAAAUGAAUGGCCAUUUUGCGUACCCAUGUUUUUGUCCCUUUUAAAUUACAGCAAUGUUUUUGUACCUAAAUUCUAACACGACAAAACAAUUUAGAAAUUAUAUAAGAAAUUAUAUACUCGAAAACUAAUGGGCAUUUAGCGUGCUGAUUUUUAGUUAAUCAAAAUCUACUUAUGUAGAAUUAGUCAGUAUAUUUCCGUCUUUUGUUAUCGCAACAGGUGUGCGCAAAUGUCACACGCUGUGUCAACUUUGUGUAUUAUUCAAUUGAUCUUUGCACUUACGCACCUAAGUUCGUGACGUAGACGUCUUUGAAAUUACGUAACUGUUACGUCACGAAAAUAAAUGUUAUAUUGUCCACAAAAAAAGAACAGUUACCGAAUGUGUAACUGUACAAAGUUAUCACAUAUUUAUAUAUAUAUUUUUUUUAAGUCAAAUCGUAUGCAUUUUAUAGCGAAUAACUGAUUUAGUGCGUUUUGUUUUUUAAUGUCUGGUUGUUUUUUACAAUCGUUAUCAUAUGUAGUAGGUUGGGGUAAGAUCGUUGGGGUAUCGUCCCAUUUGGUAGUAAACAAACAAUAUUACAGCAUAUACUACCCGAGACGUAUUUUUGUACAGUUUUGAACCGUUCGUAACGCCUAUACUUCAAACUGCUGCAAUUCGCUUGAAAAACUCUUGAGUGCCUCAAGAAAAAGGCUAGCGCUUAAAAAUACCGUAUAAGCGAGUGAGACACGGGUUUUAAGUCGCCAGUCUCGCUUAUAGUACUAGAGCGAAAGGAAAACAGAAAAGACUGAAUUUCAGUCGUGCGUAGAAUAUUAGAAUUAUAUGUCGGUUUAUAGCAAUUCAAUAGGCAGGCGCGUAUGAUUUAGUAAUUAGGCAGUCGGUGCAUUACGUAUAGCGUGAUUGUAUUUAAGCUGUUUAAGCAGUAGUCCGAAUAAAUAGUUCUUAAAAGGGUUGCUAUUUACUCAACACUUGAAUAUGAAAAAUAAAACGCCGACAUGUAUUGACACAUUGCAUAAUUGAAUCGGGCGUAACAGUAUACUAAUGUACUAUACACGCGACCCACGCUUAAAAUGAUUGGUCCGUUUCAGCUAUAUAAAGCACCUAUAUAAAACGACCCUUUAUAUAUAAAGGCCGCAUAUAAAGAACAGAAUUUAAAGAGACACAUAACAGCUCUUUUAAUAUAGGAAGACUACAGCUCCCUAGCUUAACUAAAAGCAAUGCUAAAAGCGCCAAGGCACCGUUUUAGCAAUACAAGUUUAGCUACCGUAUAAAACAUAUCUAAACAAGAUCUGAAAAUAAAACUAGUCAGGAAUUUCAAAGGUUUAUUUUACGCUAAGCUAAGGCAGUGGCAUGGUCGCAAUAUUUACGGAAUCUUUAAACCCCUUGUAAAGUUUCCACAUGCCUAAGACCUUCUCGAGCGGAACUAACUUAUCAAGACACCGAUUUAGCCCAAAAGCGCAGAAAAUUUAAGCCUUUUUAUGUAGUUUGAUUUCGAAAAAGCAAAGCGCACAUAAUUUAAGUUGUAUUAUUUGGCUCUUUUUAUGUUUCGAGAUAGCAUUUAACUCUGUGUGUGCUGCUGAAUUAGGUUUAAAAGCGCAGGACAGUAUGGCUUGUUUAGGUAGUUUGAUUUCGAAAAAUACAGAGACACCGUAUACUCACAGGAAUUCAGGUACAGUUUUGUAUGUUAAAAUAGCAGUUAACUUUAUGUGUACUGAAUUAGCUACAGAAAUGUAGAAAAUUUAGUCAUUUUUAAGUCGUUUAAUUUCGAAAAAGCAGAGGCCCUAUAGGCCUAUACUUACAGUAAUUCGGGCUGUAUUAAGCCGUCGUUUUGUGUAUCGAGACAGCAAGAGCUUAUGUACUUAGCGGUCAAACAGAACCGUUAGCGCCAAGUCUAGGUCACAAAUUUUAAUUUGGAGCCUAAGUAUUGUCUCGCUGUCGUUUUAUGUUUGAUUUGCCAUAAGUGGUAGCAACUUUUGAUAUUAAAAUGAUUUCUAGGGCCCUAGGUCGCAGUAAAGUUAUCAGUUGGUAAUAUUUACAUUAGCAGACGAGUGUUUGUGGGUUAAAUUAUAAGAGCCUGAUAACGCAGCAACUGCGUGUCAAAUAACGUGCAAGACAACCUCGGGAGCGUGAGAGUGCCCCGCCGCAUUUCGAGUGUCGAAUUCCCGCGGAAUGAAGGCCUUGAACCCGUGUCGAAAUGUGGUGUGCGGUGUACUGAUCUGUCUACACCUGGUGUGGGCUCAGACGCCGGAGUCAAUGCAAGGAUUUACUCGGAGAAAUUCACCCGGUAAUGAGCGACCUGGCGCAAGAGGCGCAGCCAGAGAAGGCGCAGCCAUGACACCUGAAGUAGUCGGUGCAUUUACAUCAGAACACGGCGAGACAUUUCGCCAAUUUUCAUCAAACGAGCCAACUGCAUGCCAGUACGUUUUUUCGGUCGAUUCGGCACAGUGCGAAUCAAACGGAAUGAAAACUAAAAUCAUAGAACUACAAAGCGCGUUUCGAACAGUGCAAAGUCAACUAAACGCACAGGAAAACAGGCUUCACCAAGCUGAGCGCUUCAUACGCGAAAUACAAGAACGUUUAAAUAUAAAUCGCCCUACAGAAGAAUCAAGGACAGAAUACGUCACUACAGGUCCGCAAAAAUCUGGCGCUGGAAACGCUUUGGUUUCUCUAUCCGAAAUAAUGCAGACUGAGCUUGUAAAUUUGGAAAUUCAAAUCGAUGACGCUGAGAAACGUAGAGUUGAUUUAGAGCGUGAGAACUCGAACUUAACGUCGCUUUUAGUUCAGAGCCGAACUUCUGCGAGCGAGUUAAAGAGACUAAAUGAUGAGCAAGAAGCGGAGGUUCUCCGGAUGCAGCAGGAGCUGACGAGAGUAAGGGCAGAAUUGCACGAGAGGAGGACCCAGAGGAUUGAUGGGACGAAGAGAAUUUGUGGCAGAAGAGUGAUGCAAGCGAAUAAAGAGAAGAUGCGAUAUAUGUUGAGAGCGAGAUCAAUGCGAGUGGAGAGGAUCAAAGAUCAGGAAAGACUGGCAAACGCAACCGCCAGAAUAGAAGAACUUCAAGCCCUUGUGACGUCACAGGCGCGAAAUACGUCAUCGCAAGCACCACAAUGCAACAAUACAACUUCUCUCGGGUACCUCAACGAUUCGAUGCAAUCAGAAAACAUUACAACGUGCGGACGAUUGACUUCAAUUUCCGAGCCGAUCACAUUCAGAAAAUCCAAGACAUACCUUGGGAAGUUAGGUGCUUGGAUGAAGGACCCAGCGCAUGAUGACGAAAGAGUUUACGUCAUCAAUAUAAUAGGGGAAAACCAAGUGAGGCAGUUAUACGAGUACCCUUCCAUUACUGACUUUGGACACCACCAGAACGAGUAUAUUCAUUUAUUACCCCACCCUAUGGAAAGUAAUGGCGCUGUGGUAUAUAAUGGGAGUCUAUAUUACCAACGAAGAAACUCAAGAAAAAUUGUCCGAUACGACAUCGCUGCUCGAGAAGUUGUAAAGCAACGUCCCAUAAAACAAGCUGGCUUUCAUGGAACUUUCGCUUAUUUAUGGGGAGGCUUUACGGACAUUGAUUUGGCGGUGGACGAGACCGGCCUAUGGGUUAUAUUCAGCACACUGAAAAGCCAUGGCAACAUUAUGGUCGGAAAAUUAAACCCGGUAACACUGCGGAUGGUGCGGCCAGUAAUCAGAACUAACAUACAAAAACGAGAAGUAGCGAACGCAUUUAUAAUAUGCCAAGUAUUAUAUACAGUAAGUUCUUACUCUGACACAAACGCAUACAUAAGCUACAGCUACGAUCUUAACAGAAGAAUCAAGCAAAGGCUAAAGAUACCGUUCAAGAAUUUAUACAAGAAAAACGUGAUGAUUGAUUACAACCCAAGAAACCGGUAUAUUUACGCUUGGGAUGACGGUUACCAGGUGGCGUACAAGAGCACAGUGGAUCAAAGUGGGGGCAGAUUAGUAAACGGUCGCAUAAUAGCCUACAAUGGGACAUUCUCAUAGCUCAUAUACCAACGCUAUUAGCGAUUUCCUAAUAUGGAAUGGUGGUGACGUCACGAGGUAUGGCAGGAUAUGACGUAGGAGGAAUGACGAAAGUUCCGAUGGAGAAAAUUGAUUUAUUCGAGCACUUGAAAGAUUUACCGUAUUUUUUAUAUUUAUUUAUAAACUUUCCAAUUUUGCUGAUUUUUUUUACAAUUCUGUGGGUAGAUUAUAUAUUUCUGUAAAUAUUUACUACUAAAUGAGAAAAUAAAAUAGAAUAAAAACAUGGACCAUCUUACCCCAACCUACUAUAUGCUAAAGUUCGUUUUAUAUCAUGAAUAUACAUACAGUAUUUCAAGGCGAAUUAUAAUAGUUUUAACAUCUUGUAUAGCGUUACUACAUAUAAUGUUUCUGAAUAUUUGUAUUGCUAAGUUCAUUUUUAAGACAUUACUUUAAUUUAUAGACACUACCUAAACAUAUAUCAGCAUAAAAGCUGUUACUAUACGAUGCAGUCAUGUUUUUUGUUAAUAAAAUCUUAUUUUGACAA